AUGGCAGAGAGACCUACAGACGUGGCAUGGGACGCAGCCCACACUUCGGACUUGAAAAGAUUAGCAACUGCAAAUUCCGAAUCAGGAAGGGAGACAGCGACUCAUGUUCGAACAAGAGGAGCACCAGCAGAAGAAGAAGAGAUUGAUUCCUCAGAUGGUCGACAUGGACCACUAUUCAACAAUAAUGCCAAAAACGAUGUUGCAAACAUGAUGAUGAAUCGAGAUUUACAGUGGCCAGAUCUCGCAUUACAAGUGACAGAAAAUAUGAUGGAAAAUAUGGCGGAGAACGAAGAUCCAAAGAACUUCCAAGAAGCAUGGAAUCACCCAGAAGAUUAUCAAGAGAAAUGGGGCGUUCCGAGCAAGACUGAUGGUUGCAUGCAGAUACUCGAUUUCACGGAACACUUUGCUCCAGUUAUCAAUGACAUCACAUGGAGAAUAAUACUGGUUGCAAUGAUGAUAUGGAAGCUUGUCGAGUACCAUUAG